ACGGGAGCCCUCAAAAGCAAACCCUCCAAGAAAAAAAAAGAAUUCCCCUCUAUCAUCUUCUCCUCUACACCCACCAAAGACAAUCAUUUGGCUUUUUUUCCUACCAGUCAGUAUUUGUGGGAGGCCAGAGCCAUACGCCCGAACCCCCUCUCUCCCCCCCCGGAUUCUCUGAUAUAUACUCCCUUGUUAGAUUGGACACUUAUUACUCUUUCUUAGCAUCUUCAUUCCUCUUCAUGGGUUUCCUCGAAACAACCUCUUGAUCCCCUCUUACCUCCAAAUAUAUAGCUAUCUUCUUUCCUCCAUAGAUUUUUCUCUUCCUUUUCUUUCCCUUAUCAUCCAUGGGUUCCACCAACAGUGGAAGCAUCCAAUCCUCAAGCAGCGGCGACGAUUACUUCGACUCACGGACCAAGGCCAUCUCCUCCUUGAACCUUGCACCCCAACCACCACCACCACCACCUUCCUCCUCCAUCUCUCUAUCGCCUCGCCUCAACACCUUCCCUUCCACGCCACCCGACCCCAACCCCCUCCCCCUCAGUCUCGACAUGGCAUGGUCCAGAUCUCUUCCACCAUCAUCACUAUUAGAACACAGUUGCACCAUUCUUGAUGCCUUAACCACCACUAUCUCAUCAACAUCAUCAUCAUCAUCGAAAACCAUGGCGGUCGCUGCACCCGGUCGCAGUCCACCAUCCGGCAGCAGCAGCCUCAACCCCUCGGUGCAACCACCAACCCAACCUGCUCGACCGACCGCCACCCCUCGAGGCUCCAAGAAGCGCUCGCGGGCAUCUCGGCGCGCACCCACCACCGUCCUCGCAACCGACAAAUCCAACUUCCGUGCGAUGGUGCAGGAGUUCACCGGCUUCCCUGCAGCUCCCUUCAUCCCCUCCCCAUUCUCCCGCCCUCGGUUCAACCCCUUCCAUGCAGCCACCACUGCCUCAGCUUACCCGUUCGGGCCCCUUGCUCCAAAGCUCCGAGCUCCCCUCUUUGCUCCCAUCUCUUAUCUCUCCUCCUCCAUGGCUCAUGGUGCUGCUUAUUUUAGCAGACAUAGUGUUGCUAACGCAAACACUAGCGAGACAUCUACUUGUUCCAACACAAGUUCUUGUAGUAGUACUACUACUUCAUCUAGUAACUACCAGUUGCCUUCUAGUGUUCUUCAACACCCAAAUCUGCUAAAUAUGCAAAGCCCAGACUUCACCUUCCUAUCCUCCCUCCAACCUCAAACACCUCCCUACCACAAUUCAUCCGCUAUGCCCGCCUUUGAAGCGAACCCGCCGCUAGGCCCUUCGGACCUAGCCGCUGGGGGUCUAGGGAGCCUCAUCUCCAUGGAAGGCCUGAAACCGAGCAGGAGAUCAGCCGAUGGAUUCUUGGGUUGGGCUGAUGGCUCGGCGUCAGAGGACAGGGAUCGAUCCCAGUUCAGGUCGGUCAUCGGACAUUACGACAAUUUGCAGCAGGUUAGCCACCACGCAGAGAAGGGAUCCGAGAGCAUGACAUUGGCGAGGGGUAGUGAAGGUAGAGUAGAUCCAUGGAUUCUUUCUCCAGAUUAGAGUAUUUGUGUUGGAGGCAAAGUGGAAGGGAUAUGGAAAGGAAAUUAAGGGGUGAAUUUGUAGAGAAGAAGUGUUUCUUUUUCUUUUUUUUUUUUUUUUUUUUUUGUAGAGAAAAAGUAGAUCUUUGCUUCUGGUACGCUAUAUCGACUGCUAGCUAUACACAUUAGACAGUACCCUUUUUAUGAGCAUGGGCACAUAGAUUUCUCUUGUGCAUUUCUUUUGAUUUUUAUGCAGUUUUUGUCUGGGUUUCUCAUGUCUUUAUCAAGCUAAUCUUAUCCACGUCUUCUUUAGUUUCUUAUAACAUCUGCCUUACUAACGCAUUGGCUACAAAACCACUAGUAGACAGGGAACUUAUACCUUGGAUACGGUAUCCGAAACAACAGUUUGAUGUCGAAUGGGGUGGAGUAGUGCUAGAUACACUGGCGUUUCCUACCAUGUGUUUCAUCUGCUAGCAGUGCUUAAUUAUGUUUCAGGAUAGUGGUAUUCCUGUUUGUGCUUUUGACUUGUGUGGUUAGGAGUGGUUGGUGUAGAGAGAUAGGGUCGAGCCGGUUAGCCAUCAGGAUAAUAUAUUAUAAUAGCAGAAGCUAGCUAUCAGUGAGCUCUCGUUUUAAAGCUAUAUAUGGAAGGCCUAUUAAGGAAGCAUUUCUU